AUGAGUGAAGUUCAGGCUAUGGUAGAAUUCUCCGUGGAGCUCCACAAAUUCUUCAAUGUGGAUUUGUUUCAAAGAGGCUUUUACCAGAUUCGUGCAUCUAUGAAAAUUCCUCCAAGAAUUCCACACAAAUUAGAAGCUAGCUUGUUACGUGCAACUGGUGCAGAUCUUGCCUUUCCUGCUUCAAUCCAUGACAAUAUAGUUUGCAGUAAAACAUUUCAGAUUCUUUAUAAAAAUGAGGAAGUUUCUGUGAACGACGUGAUGAUUUUCAAAAUAAAAAUGCUGUUAGAUGAGAGGAAGAUUGAGGAGUCUCUUAAUGAAAUGAAUUUUCUGCUAACAUUAGAUCUACACUUCACGGAUACAGACUAUUCACCGGAUGACCUGAGCACACUACAGCCAAUUAGUAGCCGAACUUUAAAGUUGCACUUUAACGUACACCGGGGCCUUCAUCAUUAUGUCAAUGUUAUGUUUGAUUACUUCCAUCUUUCUGUCAUAUCGGUUAUAGUCCAUGCUUCUUUGGUUGCUCUGCAUCAGCCGUUGAUAAGUUUUCCUCGCCCAGUGAAGAAUACAUGGUUGAACAGGAAUGCACCAGCACAAAACAGGGACUCUGUGAUUCCUUCUCUUGAAAGUGUGGUCUUUGGCAAUAACUACACAAAACAGUUAUCAGCAGAUGGUUGCAGUUUUGUUGUUUCAGAGUCUUUCCUCAGUCAUGCCUAUAAUUUCCACUAUACGCUUUGUGCCAGUUUGCUGCUUGCUUUCAAAGGGUUACAUAGCUAUUUCAUUAUGAUAACAAAGGAGCUCCCCUCUUCUCACCGAAUUGAAUUGGAAAACAUAGAUGUAGAAGUUCGUCUUACAGAAUUGUGUGAAGAAGUAAAGAAAAUGGAAAAUCCUGAUGAACUGGCAGAACUUAUAAAUAUGAAUCUUGCUCAGCUUUGCUCACUUCUGAUGGCUCUCUGGGGGCAAUUUCUGGAGGUCAUUACCUUACAAGAGGAGGUCACAGCGUUGCUAGCACAAGAGCAUCACACAUUAAGAGUGCGCAGGUUUGCAGAAGCAUUUUUUUGUCUUGAACAUCCUAGGCAAGCUGCCCUUGCCUAUCAAGAACUACAUGCUCAAAGUCAUCUACAGAUGUGUGCAGCUAUCAAAAACACUUCCUUCUGCAGUUCUCUUCCACCACUCCCUAUUGAAUGCAGUGAACUAGAUGGAGAUAUGAACUCCUUGCCUAUAAUCUUUGAAGAUCGAUAUUUAGAUUCAAUUACUGAAGAUCUGGAUGUGCCCUGGUUGGUAGUUCAGAGUCUUCCAAGGUCAGAGUCCAAUAAACUGGAUAAAUUUGAAGCUGAAGAAGGCUUUGUAGCUGGUUUUACUAGCCCAGAACUGAAAAUAAGACCUGCAGGUGCAUCCAACCUUUGGCAUUCAGAAAGUGAAAAGACGCUAACAAAAACUUUGAAAGGCAAAAAUGAAGAUGCAAAUAAAUCCAAAGUUAAGGUUACUAAGCUCAUGAAGACAAUGAAACCUGAAAACACAAAAAAAGUUGUGAAACAGAAUUCUAAGGACUCUGUGGUCUUAGUAGGCUACAAAUGUUUGAAAAGUGCAGCACUGGAAGAUGCCGCUAGAAGCUCAGAAGGCAGGCCUUCAUACAAUGCUAAUGCUAAUGAAGGGCUGGACCCUACAUUAGGUGGAUUUCCUUGUGAUACAAAAACCUGCACCAGGCAAAUAAGUCAAAGAGAACUUCAGUUUUUGCCAUCUGGAACCGAGGAAAAGACUGCCAAGAUUGAAGGUGUCCAGCCAGGUCCGGGUAGCCCUGUGCACUGUGAAAAUGUGGCUAUUUUUGGUAGACUUACUAUUUCCCAGACAGAUUCUGGAACUAUACAAGCAGAUAGUGCUCUACAACCCAGAGGUACACUUGAAGGUUCUCAUGGAGGUGAACCAGCUUCCUCAGGAGCGAGGACAAUUGAGGUCAAACCAAGUAAUAAGAAUCCCUACGAGGGGGAGAAAGUAACUGUUCAUAUUGGAUCAUGGGCUGAGUUUCCACAAGAUGAAGUCCAAGGAGAGAAUUUGCAGACACCCAAUAUUCAGUCUUCAGAAUCUGGAAAUAAAUUGAAUUCAGGAGGACAGGAACCAGUGCUUGAAAAGGAAGAUGUCCAGGAAAGAAACUUGAGACAUACCAGUGACAUCUUGACAAAAAUGAAGAGUAAUCAGCCUACUCUUUCUGCAAAAGAAAGUCAACUUUCUGCAAGUGGAGACAUGACUAAAUUACCAGAUGUUAGUGUGACAUAUGCCUCUUCUAGGUUUUCAGAUUCAGGUGUAGAAAGUGAACCAAGUUCCUUUGCAACUCACCCCAACCCCGAUCAGGUUUUUGAAAAUGUUCAAGGGCAAAGUGCAUACAAUGGUGAGAGAGUAUUUCCUCAGCUUUUACUAAAGCCAGACUGUGCUCUAAAAAAUGCAAUAGAAAGCCAUUGCACUGAGAGUACCAGCGCUGUAAGUGAAAUACAGUCAUCCCUGACAUCCAUAAAUUCUCUGCCUUCAGAUGAUGAUGAGCUGUCACCUGAUGAGAAUUCUAAGAUAUCUGUUGUACCUGAAUGCCAGCUAAGUGAUAGUAAAACGGUAUUGGAUCUUGGAGCAAUUGACUUGCCAAAAUGUGAUGACAGUAAAAAGUCAAACACCAAUUUGCAGCAACGGUGUGUUGUAUUUUCAGGGCACUCGGAUAACAGAACUCUGUCUAUACAUUCCUCCCUCUCAGGAACAAAAGAUCCUUUACAAUUAGUUGUUUCAGAUGAGGAUUCAUCUACUGAUGUGAAAAGUUACAGCCGACAGGCAGACCUUGGCACAGCCUGCACGGACUCUCAGGACCUUAAAAGGCAUCUUAACACUACAGAAGAAACAAUUAAAUUGCAUUUGGAAAUUACUUGUAUGGGUGAGCCAUCUGUGGUUUCAGGUUCUUCAUCUGCAAAUGCAGUGUAUGAGGAUGAAAAAAGAAACGAGAGAAAACACAACGAGCCUUUAGAACUAAAGGAGACAAAUGAAGAACUGUCGGCAGCUAAAAGUGAAGCUGGUACAGAUAAUCCUUCUCCAACCAGUAGUACUGACAUGGUAAAGCAAGGGCUUGUCGAAAACUAUUUUGGCUCUCGAAGCAGCACAGAUAUUUCAGAUAUUUGGCCUAUGGACAACAGCAAUCCUGUUAGCCCUCAAAAGGAAACAUAUGAAAACCAAAUAAUUUGCUCUUCCCAGCAAGAUGAGGAAGAAGAGGAGGAUCAGGAAAUGAUUGAAAACGGGUAUUAUGAAGAAACAGACUAUAGUAUAUUAGAUGGAGCUUCCGGUGCUGACCAGGAUCAUGGCUCAGGAGAAGAGAGAGCCCUGAGAUCUGGAAGGACUGAUAGUGGACAUCUGCGAGACGGAAUAACUGUGCCUCCUGUCUGUACUCCUGGUUGUCUGUCUUUUCCUUCUUCUCUGAGAGACUCUCCUUGCAAUGUUAUCUGUUCUUCAAGGAAUAAAUCUGAUGCAAUUACACAACAGCCAGGCAGUACAUCCUACAGCUCAGCUUCAUCUGUUUCCUGGUAUGAAAGCUCCCCAAAACCUCAAAUGUUAGCUUUCCUACAGGCUAAAGAAGAAUUGAAGCAACUUAAACUUCCUGGAUUUAUGUAUAGCGAUGUUUUCAAACUGGCUUCCUCAAUACCUUAUUUCAGUAUGGAAGAGGAUGACUGUUCAGAAGAAGGAAUACAUCUUAUAGUCUGCGUCCAUGGCCUAGAUGGUAACAGCGCAGAUCUAAGAUUAGUGAAGACAUACAUUGAGCUAGGGCUGCCUGGAGGGAGAAUAGAUUUUCUUAUGUCCGAAAGGAAUCAGAAUGAUACCUUUGCUGAUUUUGAUUCCAUGACAGAUCGCCUUUUAGAUGAAAUUAUACAGUAUAUACAAAUUUAUAAUCUAACCCUUUCAAAAAUCAGCUUUAUUGGACACUCACUGGGUAAUUUAAUAAUCCGUUCAGUGCUCACAAGGCCUCGAUUUAAAUAUUACCUCAACAAACUGCAUACCUUCCUGUCUCUUUCUGGACCACAUCUUGGUACCCUCUACAACAGCAGUGCUCUUGUUAAUACGGGACUGUGGUUUAUGCAGAAGUGGAAGAAGUCUGGUUCUUUAUUGCAAUUGACGUGUCGAGACCAUUCAGAUCCACGACAAACAUUCUUAUACAAACUCAGUAAAAAAGCAGGUCUUCAUUACUUCAAAAACAUUGUGUUAGUAGGAUCCCUGCAGGAUCGUUAUGUUCCUUAUCACUCCGCUCGCAUUGAGAUGUGUAAAACAGCUUUAAAGGAUAAACAAUCAGGACCAAUUUAUGCUGAAAUGAUCCAGAACCUGCUUCUGCCAGUCCUUCAAAAUAAGGAAUGUAAUUUGGUUCGUUAUAAUGUAAUUAAUGCAUUACCCAAUACGGCAGAUUCUCUCAUAGGGAGAGCUGCACACAUUGCUGUUCUUGAUUCAGAAAUAUUUUUAGAAAAAUUCUUUCUUGUUGCUGCCCUAAAAUAUUUUCAGUAGAGGAAAGUGUUGUAAGAGACUUGGUUAUUACCUCAUUAACAGAUGAAUCAAAUAAUGUGUGGUAUUAAAGUAUAGCUGCAGCUGUAUUUUAAGAGAUAUUUAUACUUUUUAUAUGGAAGAUAAUUUAUAUCAUCCACACUUAGGGCUUUUUAACAUCGACUUUACUUUCUAGGUAAUGUGGCUGUGCAAUAUUUUUUUUAUUUUGUUCUUUUUACUUUUCUAUUACUUUUUCUUAAUUUUGGGUACCUAAUUAUUUGAAGAUUAAAGUACAGUCUGUACUUUUGGUUGGUUUAUUUUUGGCUCUUAGACUACAAAAGUCAAUGUUACUCAGCUACAUUUUACAGGAGGCUUUAGACACCAAAAUAAAUUGGAUUUUAAAAUUCAAAUAAGG